AAGUACCUGAGGUCAAUUUUCCUGCUGUCACUGUUCUCCUACACCAUGGGUCUGUACCUGCUGACAGCCAUCAGCCUUGAGAGGUGUGGGUCCAUCCUCUGUCCACUCUGGUACCGCUGCCGCCGCCCCGAGCACCUCUCAGGGGUGGUGUGUGUCCUGCUGUGGGCUCUCUCCAUCACUGUCAUUGCCACAGUGACUUCCUUGUGCCUCUUGCAUGAGCAUGAGCACUGCCAGGUGGCUGUCAUCUCCUUGCAUGUCCUCAACCUCAUCUUUGCCCCACCCAUGGUCAUCUCCAAUGUGAUCCUGUUUGUUAAGGUCCUGUGUGGCUCCAAGCGACGUCAACCUAAGAGGCUCUACAUCGUUAUCUUCCUUACUGUCCUCUUCUUCCUCAUCUUGGGAGUUCCCCUCAGCCUCUUGAGUUUCUGGCUGCAGUUUGACUAUGCUAUU